AUGGAGCUCUACAUCAGCCUCAAGGUGCAUUUCCGCGGAAACUCCAAGAGCUUCCUGCUGUCGGGCUCCGAGACCUGGGAGGCUCUGGAGGCCAUGAUGAAGCGCUCCUUUGGCCUCAGCAGUCUGCAGCUGACCUACUACGAUGAGGAGAACGAGGAGGAGAUGAUCAACAACCAAGGUAGUGCACACGCCUCCUCACGCCUCCGCACGCCUCCUCACGCCUCCUCAGUCCUUCUCACGCCUCCUCACUCCUCCUCACGCCUCCUCACGCCUCCUCAGUCCUUCUCACGCCUUCUCAGUCCUCCUCACGCCUUCUCAGUCCUCCUCACGCCUCCUCAGUCCUCCUCACGCCUUCUCAGUCCUCCUCACGCCUCCUCAGUCCUCCUCAUGCCUUCUCAGUCCUCCUCACGCCUCCUCAGUCCUCCUCAUGCCUUCUCAGUCCUCCUCACGCCUCCUCACUCCUCCUCACUCCUCACGCCUCCUCACUCCUCCUCACGCCUCCUCAGUCCUCCUCACGCCUCCUCACUCCUCCUCACUCCUCACGCCUCCUCACUCCUCCUCACGCCUCCUCAGUCCUCCUCACGCCUCCUCAGUCCUCCUCACUCCCCCUCGCACUACUCUCUCCUCCUCACUCCUAAUUACUCCUCCUCACUCCUCACGCCUCCUCACUCCUCCUCACACUACUCUCUCCUCCUCACUCCUAAUUACUCCUCCUCACUCCUCUUUACGCCUCCUCACUCCUCUUCACUCCUCACACUUCUCACUCCUCUUCAAGUCUCGCACCUCACGCCAAAAAAAUGGUCUUUUGUGGCCAUGGAUUAUGAAGACGCUCUGAAGAGUGCGUCCAAACAGGGAAACCGUCUGCAGCUGAACGUGUACGAGGUGCGGCCGCAGACCGCCAGAGUGGGCGGAGCCUCUAAAACCAGCUCCACGGAGCCCAAGAGAGGGUUCCGCCCACCACAGCCCUGCCCCACCCUGGCCCACGUGGUCAGCCGCAAAGUGCAGGCCGCCGUCCCCGACCAGGGCAUGAUAAUGCUGAAGGAGAUGAAGGGCACUAAAGAAGAAGACAAGACCCCACCGGCCUGGUUCACCUCCUACAUGGAGAAGUUUAAGGACCAGGUGGUGCGUGAGGCGGUGGAGAAGAUCUGCCGGGAGUUCUCAGGACAGUGCUGCAUCCACAAGCCGGUGGGCGGAGCUUCAGUGGGCGGGGCAUCGGCCGCAGGCCGCGGGGAGGGGGUGGGGGCGGCUGAACCUGCUCUGGUCCCAGAGGUGUCCUCCUCAGCCCUGCCUGGAGCCCCAUCCUCCUCUACUCCAGCCUGCUCAGCCUGCCGAGGCCAGACCACCGGAGGAGGCUACCAGUGCAGUGUGUGUACCGCUUGCACCCUGUGUGAGCCCUGCAGCUUCUCCCACGACCCUAGCCACAACCUGGUGAGGGCCCGAACGCCUCUGUCCAUCCCAGAGCACGGAUCCCCGGCCCCGGACCACAGCCGAUUCUAUCGCCGUGGAGACCGGAGCUUUCGCAAAGCAGAGAAGCAGCGUCUGAAGGCGGAGAAGCGCCUCCUCAAAGCCGAGGUCAAGGAGAUCCGCAAACAGCUGCGGAUGGAGAGGCGGGGCAUACAGUGGAGCUCCACCCACCGAGAAGGAUGCUCCUCCCCCGUCCUGCUGCAGCCGCGGGCGACGCAACACACUAGCCCCGAACGCCCGAAGAGGCCUUGUCCCCUGGCUGUCCCCGCCAUGACGGCCACCUUCCUGGAUGAGAACCUGCCUGACGGGACCCGCCUCCGCCCAGGGACUAAGUUCAUCAAGUACUGGAAGAUGAGGAACACCGGCAGCGUGGCCUGGACCCAAGACACCAAGCUGAAGUUCAUGUGGGGGAACCUGGCUGUGGGCUCAGGGGAACGCUGGAGAGAGGUGUCGGUGCCCUUCCUCCAGCCGGGACAGGUGGGUAUUGUGAGUGUGGCCCUCUGUGCUCCCCCGGUGGACGGCUCCUACACGUCCCACUGGCGUCUGGCUCACGCAGGAGAACAGUUCGGGCCCCGGGUCUGGUGCAGCAUCGUGGUGGACCCUCUGGCCCCAGCUCCGGUCCUGGCUGACGGCAUCCUGGUGUCUCCCUGUGUCACUCCACUGGGCAGGAACCCCGUGACCAAGGAGAAGCUAUGUGCCUCUGCAGCGCCCCCUGUGCUGUCAGUGGACCAGGAGGAGUACUGCAUCCCCUCUGUGGACCUGCUCACAGCUCAGGACCUGCUGUCCUUUGAGCUGCUGGACAUCAACAUCGUCCAGGAGCUGGAGAGUGUCCCCAACAGCGCCCCCGCAGACGUGACUGCUGCAGAGCGCCCCCUGCAGGACAAAGGCAGCCCGCCUCUGGGGCUGAUCCAGGAGGAAGCCGAGGUCAUCAACAGCAUCAUGGACCUCACUCACCCAGCAGCCUCAGAGAGCACCACUGCAGGGGGCUCAGCCACAGGGAGCCCGGGGGCCUCAGGGGUCCCAGCACAGGAGGAGGGGCAGGAGGACCUCAGCAGUUCUCAGUUUGUCUGUGAGACGGUCAUUCGCUCCAUGGCCCUGGAGGAGGCCCCCGAGCCCCGGCCAGUCCCACAUCCCAGGGCUGAAGGUCCAGGGGCCACAGGGGCCACAGGGGCCACAGUCAGUGCUCAGGGGCCCUCCUCCUCGGCUCUGAAAGGCCUGAAGAGUCCCGGGACCAGCCCGUCUAAACCUCCGGCCCCACUGCAGGUUCUGUGUGUGCCCUCCACAGCUGCUAAGGGCCCCUACUGUGCUCAGGGGCCCCGCUCUGUCCCCACACACCUCCAGGCCUCGGCCACAGCUGCAGAUGAGGGGGGCCAGUACACCAUGAAGAGCCUGUGUGUGGCUCCUGCCCAGGGGCCCCAGCGCGGGGACAGGCCUCGGAGCCGCUCCUCCUCCACCUCCUCAGAGGACUACAUCAUCAUCCUGCCUGACUGCUUCGACACCAGCCGGCCCCUGGGGGACUCCAUGUACAGCUCUGCUCUGUCUCAGCCUGGGGACAUUCCUGCGAUCACAGCCCCAGACCCAGACCCGUCCCCAGACCCUGACCUGUCCCCAGACCCAGACUUGUCCUCUGACCAUUCCCCCAGCUCCGCCUCCGAGCCCUCCCCCUCCUCCACCGCCACAGAGAGCAGCGCCCACGACAUGCUGUGCACCUCGCAGACCCUGGAGCAGGAGCCUCUGACUCCGGAGGUGGUGGCGCCCCCUCUGGCUCACAGGCCUGAGAGUCCCGGAGCCGGUGAUCCUCCAGCUGCAGAGGGCAGCCCCGCACCAGAGACGCCCCACGACGAGAAGGACCACGAUGACACCGGAGGAGACCCUGCUGAGCCUGAGCACGAGGCUUCAGAAGAAGAUCACAGGGGCCAGGGACUGACCGGAGGACUGGUCAAAGGGGCGCUGUCUGUGGCCGCCUCUGCCUACAAGGCUCUGUUCACCGGACAGGGCUCCCCUCAGCCCCCGGUGGACCCCUCCUCUCUGGACACCAUGCUGGAUGUGCUGCAGGAGAUGGGCUUCAGGGAGCGAGCUCUGAACCAGAGGCUGCUUCUCAAACACAACUACAACCUGCUGGACGUGGUCAACGAACUGGUGCACCUGACCGAGCCCGACUACUGA